UGUUUUUGUUGAUGUUUAAUUUGAGUGCGGCUGCGCGCUGCUCAAUGCUUUCGCCGUUGCUGACGCGACUUGGCAGGAAAAAAGAGUGUGAACCGUCCGGCAGUAGCUAGGGACUCUGUGGAAACCGAAUAGGUUGGACGGCCGGAGUGUAAUUGUGUAUUUGGGGGCCUAGGAGACCAGCUAACGAUAGUAAUCCAGCGACUAACUAGCCUCUCCCGUAUGUGACCCCCCUUCCUCGUCAUCGGACGCUGCCAGAGAGGGCCAAGGAACAAAAUAGCAUAUCGCCAUUAUAUGAUCCAGUGUCCAGCGUCACUUUUACCCUCCAUGUGGGUGAGGGAACUGUGUGUAUCAGAUUAUGGCGAGAAAAACAGUUAGCAGGAAAAGGAAGGCAGGAGAGCCCAAGGACCAACAACAGCUGGGCUGGUGUCAGGCACCACACAAGCGGACCCGUGUUUCUUCUUCAUCACGUCAUGCCCAGCAGUGGUGGUGCAGUCGGCGCUCAGUGGUAUGUGCCCUGCGUGGGCGGGAGUUCAGGCCUCAACAGCAGCAUGAGUUGCGGCUCCAGCGGAGCCUGCGGGGCUUUGCAGCCGGCAGGCUUCCUGGCAUCCUCAAGGAGAGGGAGUUCUCUCUGGGGCGACUCAACAAGGUGUUUGCUUCACAGUGGCUCAACCAUAGGCAGGUGGUGUGUGGGACCAAAUGCAACACGCUUUUUGUAACCGAUGUCCUGACAGGGCAGAUAACACGCAUUCCCAUGCUGAAGGACAGGGUGUGUCAGGGUGGAGGUUCUGGGGUGGUGGGUGCAGUGGUGGCGGGGCGGCAUUACCACCCCACAGGAGCCUCUCGUUCCCGGCUGGACCAGCAGGGCUGUGGGAUCCAUGCUAUUGAACUCAACCCCUCCAGAACACUGCUAGCCACCGGAGGAGACAACCCCAAUAGCCUGGCCAUCUACCAGCUGCCCACUCUGGACCCUGUUUGUGUUGGAGAUGAUGGUCACAAUGAUUGGAUCUUCUCGAUAGCAUGGAUCAGUGACAACAUGGCGGUUUCCGGUUCCAGAGAUGGCUCCAUGGGCCUGUGGGAGGUGACCGAAGAAGUAAUGAGCCAAGCAGAGCGCAGUCAGAAUGAGGAGUCUGUACCCUCCUAUGCCCACAUCUCUCACCGUGCCCUCAAGGACAUCCCAAAGGAGUACACCAACCCAUACAACUGUAAAGUCCGCGCUCUGGCCUUCAACAACAACCACAAUGAACUGGGUGCUGUGUCCUUGGAUGGCUAUUUCCACCUCUGGAAAGCUGAGCACAACUUGUGCAAGAUACUGUCUACCAAGCUGCCUCACUGCAAAGAGAAUGUGUGUCUGGCAUAUGGACAGGACUGGUCAGUGUACGCUGUGGGUUCUCAGGCCCACGUUUCCUUCCUGGACCCACGGCAGCCUACACACAGCAUCAAGUCCGUCAAUUCCAGAGAGAGAGGAAGCGGGAUCCGUUCAGUGAGUUUCUAUGAGCACAUUGUGACGGUGGGCACCGGCCAAGGUUCUCUUCUCUUCUACGACAUCCGGGCCCAGAGAUUCCUGGAGAACCCUUUAAAUCCAGCCGGGGUUUACCGGAAGUGCCCAGGAGAUGGCAUCCUCAAGCUCGCUACAGGAAAAGGCUGGCUGAACCACGAUGAGACGUGGAGGAGUUACUUCUCGGACAUUCAUUCCUUCCCCAACGCAGUGUACACCCACUGUUACGACGACUCUGGCACCAAGCUGUUCGUGGCAGGCGGACCACUCUGUUCUGGCCUGCACGGCAACUACGCAGGACUGUGGAGCUAGCCUCUUUGUCUCCUCCAUCGCUCUGUCACUACAUCCUCGUCCAAGAUUUUUACUUAACCAGUCCCUCCAUCCCUCUCCCUCCUCAAGUCUGUUGACACCACCCGUCUUUGGUCUCCCUCUUGCUCAUUGAAUUGUCACUCUGUUUUGCUCACACGUGGACUCAGGAGCAUGAUCUUGCCCCCACCCUAUCACGGCUUUGAAUAUUGUUGUUGUGUAUGUCUGUGUCCACCAUUACACUAUCUGUUCUCCUUCAGUUAUUCCUUUGCUCCUUCCUCCUCAACAACUCUGUUUUUUUUAUCUAAAAAUGUACAAAGAAUUAACUACUAGUUUUCUCAAGAGCUGCGAAGUCUGCCACUAAGGAACUCAGAAGAGUUUUGAGAAACAUUAAGAAUAAAGUAAUAACAUUCUCAUCAUUUAAAACAUUUACAUCCAACCCGCAGGGAUUAGGCUGUGGUCUUUUGCUGGCUUGUUUUUGUAUGUAAGGAUAGUGUUUACUGCUGCUUCCUCUGUGGUCUUUGUAAAAUACAUGUGGAUUUUUUCUCCCAAAAGUUCCCUUUUCAUUCUCACUGAAACGGACAGCAAUAAAGAGAGCGGGAGAAGGACUGAAGAGACGAUACAUUUUUGAAGGACUGAGCUAGAGUUCAGUUUGACGUUCGAGAGAGAAAUAUGUACUGGGUGGAACAGCCCGUCCUGUCUAUCAACAAUCACAAAGAACUUCUCUCUUCUCCUGCCGGAAGUAAAAUGAAGAAGCCAAUCAAAAUGGGACUUUGUGUUCUUUCUCACUGAGAUGAUGUAAAGGAGAAACAUUAAGAUUGCUAUAUGCAGUGUUCUGCUACGAAUCAAUUCCACCAAACCGUAUUUUAUUUUUUGACUGUGUAAUUUGACUGGCACACCCCUGCUGAUGUUCUAAUUUUCUUUUGUAUUUAUUUUCCAGUUUCUCUGCCACCUUUUAUUGGGUUGGUCGGGGGUGUUUAUAUCUGCUUCUUUGGAAGGACAUAUUGUUAAAGUUCCUGCUCUCUUGGACCAGAACGCUUUCAGACAGUUUGUCCACCAGUGGUGUUCAAAUCCUGAUCUGUAACCGCUCUGGUGUUACUAGAGAAUUGACCCUAAGAUUUUAAGUUUUGGCAGCAAGUUGAGUAUCAUCAAAUAUGAUGAUUGAUAGAUGGAGGAGCCUUUAAUUACUGGAUUCUGAGACUGCUCCACAAGUAGGGAGAUUAUCUUAAGUAGCUCAACCAUCCAUCAGAACUGUUGGACUGGAGUGAGGUGCUGCAGGCACAUACAUAUGUUGUCACAGUUUCUGUUCCCUCUUUUUGUACUAAGGAGUGAGUUAAUCUACUGUUUUCCUUGUUUGGUAGAGGCAGGGUAGGCUUGAGUUACGUUUUUUUGCCUUGCUCAAGUCUUUCUGUGAAAGACUGCCACAGGCGAUCAUAGUUUUCCUUUUCUACAUGGAACAUCUCUCCAGUUUUCAUGAUAAUGACUGAUUGAAAAGAGAAACCCCAAUUACGACCACAAAUUGAACAAAUAGCCAACACUUUUAAAAGUGUAUUUUAUAUAUAAAUGUGUAUAUGUAUGUGUAAAAUACAUAGGGACAAUUGCAUACAUUUUUAUGUAUAUGUCUGAGGAAGUGUGUGGAUUGAUCUGUCUACUUGGUGAUGCCCUGUUUUUUUUUAAAUACAUGCCUCAUGAAUGUUUUUACAAAUGACAGAAUCUGAGGAUAUUGUAAGAUAGAAACAUCUGGGGAAAAAAACAAGCUAUUAAAUCUUUAAAAAGAGUAAAUAAUAAAAAUAAAAUGUA